GAAAAAACGAAGGCACGGCCCGCGUAAGGUGGAGCGAGACACGGAGACAGUGUCUCUCGCAGAUCCGAGAGGAUGAGGAAAUUGGCUGUCGACCUCUUCCACCGAUGCGCGAGUCCUUAGAGUGUCACAGUGUGAAUGCCAUUUUCUCUCCACGUGGAAGUCGCGAGGCCGAGCCGCCUUUCUCGUUCUCGUCCGCGGCUCGUUCUCCUCGGAUUUCUCCUUCCUCUUCGUUCGCUUUUUCGCGUUCUGGGAAGGCCGCCUUCUCCUCUUCGUCACCCGCGGCGUCUCCUGGUCGAGUGCACACCGGUGAAAACGCGACGGCGACGCUGUCCGCGUCCUCUGCGGCCCCAUUUCGAUUUGGCAGAUUUACCGGGGGAGACUCGCGGGACCUCAGCGCCCGACGCAGGGUGUGUGAUGCACAACCGAGCGGUCGCGAAGAAGAGCUGCAAUUGCGGGCCGGACGGAUGUGGGGUCGGGGAGGGGAAGUGACACCUGGAAGCGGCGAGAACAGUCGCAUGCAAAGAGAUGCUGGAGAGUUUUGGGGGGGGAGGCCUGGAUCUGCUGAACGGAAGGAAAGAAGUCCUUUCAAUGACGAAAUGAAUCUUCGGCCCUCGACUCGCGCGUCCCCCACUGCAGACACACCGUCCCGCAUUCCGAACUCACGAGCUUCUUCGGGCUCGUCUUCUUGCUCGUCUUCGUCUUCUUGCUCGUCUUCGUCUUCUUGCUCGUCUUCGUCUUCCUCCUCUCGCAGCUCAACUUCGUCUUUCGACUCUGCUUCUCCAGUUGAGAGACUUCUCGACCAACUGGCGGACCUGGAGAAGCGGGUGAGCUGCCGCAGAGGGGAGAGCCGGCGAAGUCCUGGAUCGUUUCUUGCAUCUUCUCGUCGAGAGUUCUUGAAGCUUUCCAGUCGGGAUUUGGAGGAGAUCGCCGCGUGUCUUCUCCCCUCAGUUCGAUUCAUGGCCUUCGACCAGCUGACGCGAAUGCUCGCUGCGCUCGCGUCUCUCAUGAGGGCAACCCCGCAGUCCUCGUCCUCUCGGCUCUUUUCGUCUUCGACGCUCGAGCCGUACGUUCAUCUCCUUGCGCCUAACAAGUCUUCGGCGCGCUCUGGGUCGCCUCGUCUCUCUCCUUCUCCGUCUUCGUCGUUGCCUUCGCUUCCCAGCCUCCCUCUGCGUUUCUUUCCGGACCGUGCUGGUCUCUCCUCCCCUCUUUCUGGGACUGAACCGAUCUCUGCGGGAGACAGAACACACAGUGCGUUCCUGCAGACUCUGCGAACUCUGCCAGGCGACAGCUCGACAUGCGUCCAACUCUUGCGGCUGACCUGCACUGCAGCCAUCGCCUGUCUCAGACCUUCUUCUUCCUCUCCUUCUUCUUCGUCUCCUUCUUCUUCCUCUCCUUCUGCUUCCUCGUCUGCUUCUUCCACUCCUCUUUCUCCUCCUCUUUGCGUCCCUGCAGCCUCGACUCGAGAGCCAGCAGGGCUCACGCUUGCGUCUGUGCUUCAGUUUCUCCACGUCGUUGUGAGUGACUUGUCUCUGUCUUCACCGGCUCUCUUUCGACGGGCAGCUGCGCAUCUGGCGGACGAAUCGCCUCUCCUCGAGCACUCUGCGCCUCGCGACUGCGCCCGUCUGUUGCAUGUCUUCAUGAAGCACGAGCUUCUGCUCGCUGAGCAAGAGAGGAGACAAGCGUCGAAUCGCUGGCCCUCGACAGCGAAGCCUGCGGCUCCACUGGGUCGUGUGACCGCCUCGAACCAGCCUCCGAACGCGCGUCUUCGUUCGCCGUCUCCUCACGCCCAGGCCGCCCUGCUGUCCGUCCGCCCUCCGUCGCCUCGCUCUGGCGCCUCGGCUGCGGCCUCGCCGGAUGCUUCCACUUCUCCCUGGGGGCGUCUGACCUUUGAGCAUGCCCUGACGGUCCCCAUGUUUCCUCUGGCGGACUCGCCGCUCUCGUCUGCCUCCGUGCUGCGAGUCUUUCGCCGCCUGGCGGCUCGGCUCUCCAAGCUGCAGCAGAGACACUCUGCCGUCUUCAAAGAGCGUGCCGCGUUGGAGGAGACGGGACGAGUGCUGCAGGCGAAGAGGGAGGCGCUUCACGGCCGAGCGGAGAGUUGGAGAGACGCGGAAGCGCGAGACGGGAGUCUGAGACGACCGGCAGGAAGUAGCCAAGUAGAAGGCGCGAGCGCAAGAGAGGGCGCAGGCGCUGGCGGCAGGGGAGAACGAGAAGGAAGAAGAGAUGGGAGCGAAACAGACGCAAAGGACUGGAGGGAGCUCGAAGCAGAGGAGAAGAGAAUUGCCGCUCGACGUGAGGAAGUGAGUGGAAACGAUCAACUCCUCGUUUUGAAUGGACAAGACCUGGCGAUGAUUUUCGAUGCAUGCAUCAAAAUGCGUCUCAUCGAUCUCCGACUGUUCACCCUGCUGGUUACUUCGUCGCUGCGGACUCUCCUUCAAAGCUCGCGCAACCCUCCGCAUCUUCCGCCUCUUGCUCGGUUGUCUCCGUCGCCUCCGUCCUCUCUGUCUCUGUCUGAAGUGUCUCCUUUUCCUGCCUCAGGGGGGUCUGCUCGGGGGGCUUGGGCGCGAGAAGAAAGAGACCGGCAGUGCACGGGGAGAGACUGGGCUGCUCUGUACGGACAGUUGGUGUGUCUGCUCAAGCUGCUUGAGGAGGCGCAGUCGCAUGCAGUCUCCGUGAGUGUUGGAUUGCCUUCUGAGCCAGGCACCAGCACCGGACGAGCAGCCGCGCAGGCGGCCUCCCAUCCCUCGCCUCGUUUAGGCGAGGGUCGACAUCCCUCUCCGUUCUCGUCUCCGUUUGGUUCUCCUCUCCACGCACCCACAUCGUCUUCGCUCUCUUCGUCUCCUCUCGCUUCGUCUUCUCGUUCUUCGUCACUAGAGCUGAAGGAGCAAGGCGAGCGUCCUGUGGAUUCAGGGGUAGUUGUGCUGGCGUCUCGAGUUCUCCCUUUCCUCGUUCGAGACGUUCCUGCUGCCCUCGGACGGGAGAAGCUGAUGAGUCUGCACCCCCACAGCCUCGUGGCGCUAGUGCACGGCAGCAGCGAGCUGGUGCGGUUCACAGCGCGGUUGUCGGACAAGGACUUCCUGAGAAUUCUUUCUCUCGCGGCGGACAGGAAGAGCGAAGCGUCUUCUCGGCAGAGUGCGACGGCGGUGGACGACGAAGAGCGGUGCGACAGACGCGUCGCAGAACCGUGGAAGAGACUCGAGUGGGUUGCGCGAUGCGUUGCGCGAAAGGGAGCUCAGAAUGCAGAGAAAAGCGAAUUGUGGAGAAUGCUGAAGGACUGCCAUGCCCGAAUUAUGAGUUCCGCCUUUCAAUUCGAGCCUUCGCACAUCUCUGUUCUUCUUUCGGCGUACGCAAACCUCCAGCAGAAGCUGCCGUCCAAUUCCACCUCUGCGUCAUCGUCGCAGAGCACGCUGGAAGGAGACCACUGGCGAGAACAAGGCGAGUUGUCAGGGAGAACUGAGGACGAGAUUCUCUGCCUCACCGACUUGAUUGCGUCCACUUCGUUCACACAACGAGUCGUGGAGGUUGUGCCGAAAUUCGUCGUUCCUCACCACUGCGCUACGACGCUGCGGGCACUCUCUCUCUUUCUCUCAACCCACUCGGCCGUUACAUCUUCUUCGCCUUCUGGCCGGCGCGUUUCGCCCAUGGCGUUGACCGCGUCUUCUUCGCCUCACUGCUCUUCUUCAUCUCUGUUGUCUCCGUCUCCGUCGCCUUACUCGAGCGCCUCUUCUGCACGUCACGGUGAAGCUUCCAGCGGCCGAGAACCAACAAUGGAGAAACGAGACGCCACUCGUCAUGCCGCAAACAAUGCCGCAAAACUUUUUCAAGCGUUGCUCGGAAGACUGCUUGAAGCUGACAGUCUGCGGACAAAGAAAUGGACAGGAAAGGAGCUCGUGACUUUGGCUGGCGCCGUCGCUCGCGCUGCACCCGCUCUACUUCCUCUCUCGUCGAUGCCCUCCGCGGCUGCUUCGCUCGCGUCCUCUGCUCAUCGUUGGUCUCCUGGACUCCCGUCGCCUCGUGGGUGUUCUCUGCUUCCUGCCUCUUUCGUCUCGUCUACGUCGUCUUCGUUCAGUCCUCACCCUCUGGCUUCUGCUCCUUCUUCUUCGGCUCCUUCUUCUGCUUCGUCUCUUCUCGCGACUGGUCUCGCUGCCUCUGGAGAGGAAGGGAGCUUCGGAGGCGAGGACUGGCGAGGAAGGUUGCGGAACUCCGGGGGUGGGCAGGAAGAACACGAGAGCGAGAGGCGCUGUGCAGAGGAGAGCGAAGAUGAAGACGACGGAUUCGGUCUUUUCCACGCGUCGCUUUCGGGAGAAGAUAAAUCGCGACCCAACCGCGUUGCGGCUGCGACAGCCUACGGCGCCUGUGCUGCGAGUCCGGCUCUGACGUCUCCAUCUUCGUUGCACAAAGCGCUCCAGUACGAGGCCCAGUCUCUGUGCCGUCCGUCUGCUCUCGUCUCUGUCGUUCCGCCUGCGUCGCUCUCGCUGAGUCUGGACUUCCAGAGACUGUCUCCCUCUGCGGUCGAGCGCAAGCCAGCGCCGUGCGUUGUCUCUCAGUUUUUCGCGUCGCUUGCGGCGUUUUUACUGGAUGUGAAGGCUCCCGCGUCUCGUGCGUCGACUUUGCCGGAACCCAGUCGCCUCGCGCCGCAGUGCCGCUCUCCUUGGGGUCGGUCUGGGGCACAGGGUUUCGAGGAGACAUCCCGACGUUUGUCUCCAGGUUCUUCUGAAGCUCCCUGUGGCGCGUUGCCGGCUUCGUCGACUGCUGUCCCCGCCGCCGGAGAGGCGCGCCCGCCGUUUGCCUCGACCGUGUUGGAGGCGAGUCUGCCUUCCCCGAACCUUCUCGUGAUGAUGAUGGACGCCUUGGUCUCGGCCGCGAUCGCCUUCCACGACUGGGAGCUUCUGCGCAGGAGGCAAGAGACAGGGCGUUUGCAGGCGAAGCCGGCGCGUCUGGGAAAGGAGCUCGGAGCCUGCAGGUCGCACACGGCAGACGCGGAAGCUGAAGGCGAAGGAGUGGAAGCGGCACCGCGUGCGGGCGACUCUGCUGCUGUUGCAGGACCUGGGGAUCCGAUGCUCUUCCUGGCGAACGAAGACGACGCGACUCGCGACGUGAGUCGCCUUCUGCAGAUGUGCGGUUACCUUCUGGCCGCUCGACACGGACAAGACUUGACGCUUCUCGACGUAGCGACUUUGGCGCAUGCCUUCUCGAAGGCUCCGUUACUCCUCAAUGUCUUCCUCCCCACUGUGGCGCUCAGCGCUCACCCAGGACUCACCUCCAGCCCACUACUCGUUUCUUCGUCCUCCUUCUCCUCUCCUCCUGUCGCACCUAACUCUUCUUCGUCUCUUUCCACCUCUCUCACAGUCGCUCCCUCUCCUUCUGUAUCUCCUUCCAUCUCUCCAUCUAUCUCUCCUUCCAGCUCGUCUUCUAUUUCUUCUUCUAUUUCGUCUUCUGUCUCUCCUUCUGUCUCUCCCUGGGGUACGCCUCCGCCUGUCCCUGCAACGCCUGCUGGCUCGGUUCCGGCCUUGCUGCGGCGUUCGGGAGUGCUGUCGCUGUCGGGGAGCGACCUGUGCGUCAAUCCGCUACUUCUGUGUUUGCUCAUGUCGAUGGCGUCUCGUCGAACGGAGAAUCUCGCUUCCUUCUCUGCACCUGUCUACGCGUUAGUCGGUUCGGGGCGCGCGCCGGCUUCGCGACACCCAUCCGUAUCUCUCGCGUCGAGGCGAAGCCGACUGGCUGUCUCCGUCGCGCUUCUUUCGACGCUCGCCAAGGCGACGGUUGCGUCCGCUCCAGGACUCGAGGAGCAGUCGCGGGCGGCGGCGGGGCAACGGUACGCGGCCGCAGCGGAAGACAUCUGGAGAAGCGAGGACGCACUGUCGGGGAGAUCGACCGGAGAACGCGAGGGAGAAGCCGCGUCGAACGCGACGGGUCUGGACACCGGCGAGGCGGCGGGAAGGAGGACGGAGACGCUGGAGGCGCAGCUGGAACGCGCAGGUCGAGCGAGAGAGAAACGAAGAAGCCUGGAGACUCCCGGGACCACAGAAGGCGAGAAGAAGGGAGCUCCAGGACAAGACCGAGUUGACCGAUGGAGUGACGCAGACGCGACGGCUGUUUAUCGGAGGAUGUGGACGCAUCCGAGGACAUGCGACGUCGUUCGCGAAACGGCGCAGCUGCUGCGAGAAGAAGGCGAGGAGGCUGAGGCGUCCUUGAAAGCGUGGAUGGAGAAACGCUGCGAGUCUGGAAAUGACCGGAGUCAUUCAAAAGAUCUGCAGGCGUUCGUCGCCUCUCUGACGGUCCUCGCGACGCUCUUCCAACAAGCGUGUCUUGCCGUUUCACGAGCUCUCAGCUCGCUUCUUCUCUCCCCUUCUCUCCCCUCCUGGUCUCCAUGUUCUUCGCCAUCUUCUUCUUCAUUUUCGUCUCCAGGUUUGUCUCCGUUUCCGUUGGCUUCUUCUUCCUUUGGUGGCGGAGGUUCGGUGGCAUCUGCUGGUCCGCCUCUUUCUGUUUCUGACUCGGCGUCUCCUGCUGGCAACAGCCCCGCGUUGCCGGGUGACGUAGCGGGCAGGGAGACAAGGACGAAAAGCGUUCAUGGAGGAGAAGGCGACGCAGGCGAAAGACACAGAAAAGAAGAAGAAGACAGGAAAAGCGAAGGCCUUGGAGUCGUCCACGACUACGUUUCUCUCUUGCUUGCCCUGGAAGAUCUUAGCGCCGCUCUUGUCGCUUGCAAUGGUGCGUUGCUGGGGAACUCGCACGACAGGGCGAAGCAUGUGGAAGAAUCAGAGUCCAGUUCUCUUAAUUUAUCGAAGACAGCGGAGUCGACAUCGCGCGGCAUGCCCGUUGCUGCCCUUCCUCACUCGCCGGAGGGAUCUCCGAUUCCAGUCGUCCCUUCUUCUCUUUCGUCCGGCUCUUCCUCCUCGAGUUUUGUUCCGACUUCGCCGUGUGAUUCUGCUCCUUCGUCAGCUUCGCCGUCUGCUGCAAGUGGCUCACCGUCUCCUCUUUUCAGGAUUUUGUCUUCUCCUUCUGCCGAGGGAAUUUCUUUCCGCUGCUCUUCUCGCCAGGCGGCGCAGAUGGCCGAGGGCAUCAUUGACACUUUGCUUGGGCUGGAAGGUUUGCUGCUUCUCUCGAGACAUCCGGCACUCGCGAAGAAGCUGAAAGUGCAGCUGCCGUCGAAGAGACAGGAAUCACUCCACAGCGCCGAGGAGACACCGAACAACAGCCGAGAGGAGACAGCGCGCACCGAGGCGGAGGGGAGAACGAGACGAAGACGAAGGCCUGUUGUCCUUCGUCUGGAAGCGAGUGUGAGAGACAUCAUGGAUAUGCAGCGCAUGCGAUACAGAGAGGAGAAUGGAGGAGAGGCAGAAGAAGUGAACCGAUGCCGCGCGUUCGAGAGGGGAGAUUGCGAAGAAGUGGAUUUCUCUCCAACGCACAGGGCGUACGGAGAGUUUUACGAGACGCGAAUUGAGAGACUGUUAGGCAAAGCCACAGGCCAGCUUGAGGCCCUGUUGCUUCUCUCUCUGUACAACGACGCGACCUCUUGCGGGAGGAAGGCGCGCAUGAAGGAGACUCGAUUCGGAGCGAAAGAAGCGGAGACAAAGGACGAAGAAUUUCUCUUUUCCCUCAUUCGCUCCUCUCGCCUCGGACUGUGUCUGAGAGUCCUCGACACAGGCCGAAUCCGACAGAACGCAUUUCUCCUCCAAACCCUCCGGGACCAUCUUCUCUGUCGCGCCGUGACUUCAUCGGCGUUUCGCGCUCGAGAGCGACUCUCGCAUGAAUGCAUCGUCCGUCCUGCUUCGGCCGUCGCAGCCUCCGCCGACGCACACGACUCGUCUCGGGAUUCCUCGAGCUCCUUGCCUUGCUCUUCCACGAGUUCUCUCUCUUCUGCUUCGACGUCUCUGCUUCGUCCCCUGUCGUCUUCUUGUACGCCUUCCUCGGGACCUUCAGUUGCAUCCUCAGUCCUGAGUUCUCGCCUCUGGAGCUCUCCUUGUCCUUUCGGCUUGAGCCGCAGCGAACUGUGUGGAGUUCUCAUGGCCCUGGCGUCCCUCGCUGCAUGCACUCCUCGCCUGCUCUCGCAGCUGUUUCUCCUUUGCCUCGGCGACCAGACAGCGCCUUCCUCAAGCGACGAAAAAAACGAACCUUCGGUGGUUCUCUCUCUCACCCACACCCUUCAGUUCCUGCACACAUAUACAGUAGUUUUUGCCAUUCCUCAAACUCCCGCAUCCGUCCUCUUUCCUUCUGACGCUUCCGGGUCCUUCGCUGCCUCUUCCCCCUCUUCUGCGUCUUCGUCGGUCCACGCCUCCAUAUGUCCUUCCUCAUUUGUCGACCGUGCAUCAUCGUUGAGGCUCCCGAACUCUGGAGCUUCUUCCCCUUCGCUCUCCCCGUCGUCUCCUCUCUCCGCGUCUCGAGAUGUCCACAGAUCCGCAAGACCCGCCAAGUCUGGGAGUCGCCACACGGUCGACCGUCUCGUACUUCAGAGGCUUCUUCUGCCCUUCCCCGAGGACCUGCUUCUGCCGCGGUUGCGCUCGCAACUGAGGCUUUUGCUUGUGCAUGCGCUCAAAUGCAUGCAUGGCGCGAGAAGAGAAUUCGGAAGAGAUACGAUGAAGGCAUACCUGCCCCACAGGGCGGCGCUGGGGUGUCUCUGCGGUGACGGAGAGGGCCAAGGAAACGGAGAGACAACGGCCUCGAGAAGUACGGCGGCAGACGGAGAGAUGCGCUCCGACAAGCAAGGCCGAACGGCAGGAAACGGAACCGCAGAAGCCGGAGACGUAGAGGGAGAAGAAAGGGUACUUUUUCGCGACGAACACGGCUUCCUGGCACUCACCGCAUCCGAGACAGAGAAGACGAUCCAGCACCUGCUUCUCGCGCUCAGAGCAGCUGCAACGGGACUCUUUGACUUUCCAGUUUCUGCACAGAGCAUGGAUCGCCGGCACUCCGCAGGAGAAGUCUACUUGAGAACGCUCCCGCUGCCAGUUCUCCGGCAGGCGCGUGACCUGGUCGUGUCUGUCCACCCGUUUUUGAUGGCGGCGAAUCCAAAGCAAGAAGAAGUCCUUUGGCAAGUCUCUUCUGUCGCUUCGCCGUCCCUCGCGUCUGCGUCUCCACCCAGUCUUUUCGCUUCCUCUCUCGCGGAUCCCGAGAGGGUCGCUGCACCUGCCGUGGCUUCUCCUGCCGCGGCAAGCAUUUUCGAUUCCGCUUUCGACGGAGAGAAUGGCGACACAACGCGCGAGGACGCACCGCACAAUGGACAGGAGUUCAGCGUCUUCCAGUCUCUGGCCGAGCCUCGAAUUCUCGACAGACGCCCUCUUCGUCUGCCACAGAGCGUCACGGUCCCAACCACCCGGCCUUUGUCGUCGUCGUUUCCUCCUUCUUCGCCUUCUUCUUUGUCUUCUGACGCGCCUGCGGCCUGCGCGUCUGCCUCGUGCGUCUCUGCACCUUCUGGCUCGUCUGCUGGCUCUUCUUCGCCGUCUGCCGCUUCCUCCAGUGUGUCUCCGUUGCCCUUGCCGAAGUCGUUCUUUUCUCCGAAGAGUUCGCGUUACCAUGCGGAAGUACGAGACGCGCUGCGUCGUCUUCUGUCCUCGGAGCUCGUAAAAGAAGAAACACUGCGCCUGCGCUCGGCCUCGGUGUACCCGCCUCUCGACGGCCUCUCAGAGGUCGCGGGCUGCACAGCCAGUGCCGAGGAGGGAGGAGGGAAGUUGGAGCCAAGGCAGAGGCGAGCGGAGAGAGACAAGAGAGACGAGAGAGACCUAAGAGAGGGAGCGGGCGCGGUCGAUGUCUGUACGCCAAGCAAGCCACGGAGACAAGAGAAGACUCCUCCGUCCUUGAAAGACCUUCAAGUGAUAUCGGAAGUCCGAGUGUACCCAUGGUACCUCGAUCUCCUGAUUCUGAACGGCUCGGCGCUCAAGCGUUGCAUGCAAAGACGCAACUGAGGGAGAGAAACACCGCAGCAGAGAUUAGAAGAAGUGGAACCGAGAAGCGGUUCCAACGAUGAAAGGGCAACUUCGGACAGCGCCUGCGCAGUCUCCCAGGAGUGGCUUGACCUCAGUCGGUCUCUGGUCCUUGCGCCAAGAAAAAGGAGGAAAAUCAUCGAAGACCUACAAUCCAAUGCAAGCGACCUCGAGGGUAUGUGCUACGCAUAUUCUGUGGAGGGUUGCGAAGAACGCAAUCCGGUUCUGUGUUCCUUUCGAGGGCGCCCUCCUGUCUCUGUUUGUGGAUUUUCUGCGGCAUGCUCGCUUGCGCUGUUAACGUUUCGCGUCUCUUGUUUGCGCAUUCGAAGGCGUCUGCGACGCUGCCGUGUACAGACACCCCGCAGUUUGUGUUGCCUCGUGACCUCACACGUUAACGCGGACUGCCUACAAAAGGUCUACGCAACUGAAGACGAGGAAAGCGAGAGAAUGCGAUUCCUCAGCUGCAGUCGGAGCGUCCGCGCCGUUCCCUGCUGUCAGGUUCCUUGUGUCGCUCGAGGAUGGACGCGCGUUCGUUGGGGCGCCGCCGCCGGAAGCCGGUCAGUGGGGGCAAGCCGACGUGAGGCUCACGGCGAGAAGAGCACCCGUUUUUUCUGAAUUUGAAGAAAUGCAGGCUGAGUGACGCACAGAGGUGGAACCCAAGUGGGCGCAGAAUACAUGCGAACGAGGAGGCAGCACAGACAACAAGGGAGCGAAGCAGCGAGAGAGGGCAGAACACCAAGGAGACACAGUACGUCGAGACGCGCAAGUGGGGAGAGAAGAACGAGGCCAGCAGCGAAGGCGGAGCCUGAGGCCGGGAGCAGACUGAUUCGCAGGAAGAGAGGCACAACGGGAGAGAGAACAAGAUGAGACAGAGAAGGAGACGAAAGAGGGACUCAAAGUUAAGCGGAGCGAGAAGCACAAAAUCGAGGUCAAGACGAGGAAGGAUCAGACGGGGGCAGGAACGAGAGAAAGACAGAGUCCGAGAGGACGUGGAUGCGAGGUAUCGACAGGCGGCAAAUGAAGUAAGACAAAUCCCGCGACUAAGUAUCGCCUCUGCGGUGGAACGACAGCCAUGUAACAUGUCGACAAACGCACUCUACAACGACAAAGGAGGGAAGCCGAUCCCUCGCUCGGGUGCAUACGACUCCACAGCGCAGAGCCUCGACGGUCCUGCGCAACAAGAAAAAGUCUCAAGGAAAGUCUUCUGACGACACCGUUUUGUUUUGACAAGACGCACUCUUCUUCGGUUGGUGGAUCAUACGCGUUGUUUCAAGUGUCAAGACGCAAACAUCAGUUUCCUUCUCUUGUCAAAUUCAGUUCCUCGCACACAACCUUGGACGCACAAAUCAAACGAAGGCGCCGGCAGAGACGCAUGACGCAAACCCUCCCCGAAAGAAAUCACCUCAUCAGACAAAUAUGCAAAUACCUCGUAAAUAUCGAUGAUCGAUGUCCCUUACAAAGAGAGGCACAACCACCGACGGCACAUGUAUAUAUAUGUAUAUAUAUACAUACAUGCCGAUGCUAUACCUGAAUCUCAG